AUGACGGUCGUACGUCCAACCAGCUCUGUACUUGACUCUCGAGCCUGUCGGGUGCAGAUACGGGCAGUGCGCAUGGAUCGGAUCAUACACUUGUCCGCACACGCCUCCGCUCUCAAAUCUGCCACCGUCAAAGUGGCACACGCCCAUCUUGGUGUCACCCGCCGCCGACAUCGGGACUGGAUCACCUGGGAGAGCCUUCAGCUGGUGAAGAAGACGAGUGUAGCGGGACUGACAGGAGCUACGAACUUUCGCGAUCUACGGCGCCGCGCAACUCAUUCCAACCGCGCUGACCGAAAUGCGCAUUGGCACGUCUUCACCGAAGAGACUGAGCGUGCAGUGGCCUGUGGCGACUCUCGCAAACUCUACCAGAUGGUGAGACGGGCGAGUCGCGGAAUUGCAGAGGUGAGUGAGACGCUAAAUCGGUGGAAAGAGCAUUUUAACGAGCUACUCAAUCAUCCGACUCCGGCGACGGAAGUGGCUGUUGAAGCGACCGAUGAAUACGACUGCAACAGUACACCAGCAACGGUAAAUGAAGUGCGAGAUAUUCUGCGCCAUCUACAUAACAACAAGGCUCCUGGUGAGGAUGGUAUACCUGCAGAAGUAUAUAAAGCCGUACCAGAUGUAUUUGCCUCGUGGGAGCAUUAUGUCUUCAAUGCGGUCUGGCUCUCUGAGAGCUACCCUGCCGAUUGGUUCGACGCCAUCCUACUACCUUUUUUCAAAAAGGGUGAUAGGAGGCUCUGCGCGAACUACAGAGGAAUCAGCCUCAUCGACGUGGUGGACAAAGUAUUUGCGAUGCUUCUCCUGCGAAGAUUUCAUCGCAUCCGUGAUGUGCGAACUCGCCCGUCACAGGCUGGCUUCCACCCGGGCAGGGGCUGUGUUGAUCAGAUCCUCAGCCUGCGGCGCACCCUCGAACAACGCUGGGCAUACCAGCAACCAACAGUCCUCUGCUUCGUCGACUUUGCGGCUGCUCUCGACACCGUUAAUAGGGGCGCACUCUGGCGUAUCAUGGAGGCCGAUGGCAUGCCCGCUAAACUCCUUCGUCUCAUCAGGUGCUACUACCGGUCGAUGCGAGCCCGUGCUCGUGCUUAUGGUGAGGAGUCGGAGACGUUUGAGGUGAAGACUGGUGUGCGGCAAGGGUGUGCUCUAUCCUCUACCCUAUUCAACUAUACAAUCGACUACAUCCUCGGCAAAGCCCUUCGGGACUACGCUGGAGUUGCGUUUGGCUCAGGAGAACAAAACAAAGAUCUAUUUGUUGUUUUUGCUGUUGUCAAAGGCUUUCGAUACUGUAUCUCGAACUGCUCUUUGCAAAUUUUUGUCAGAAUUAGUUGUUCCAGAAAAAAUGCUCCAUUGUGGUGA